CCGUUUGGUAGCAUGGCUAGGGUCGUACUUGGCGGUGAAUUCAAGAUAUCUUAACCUGACAUGUAAAACAAUGACCAGCAACGAUAAAACUCCUUUUGAUGAAGGAAAUACUAGUGAAGAUAAUCGAUCGACUGCUUCACAAGAUGGCGAUCAUGGCAGUACAACUCAAGAACAUAACCCACAUGCAAUGGGAAAAAAUAUAAAUGAAUACCAAGCACUGAUGAGUUUUAUCAAAGGGAAUAUUGGUACUGGUAUAUUAUCUAUGCCAGUUGUUUUCAAGUAUGCUGGUUUGUGGGUAAAUUUUUCUUUGCUUAAUUAGUGCAUAUAUUAUGUAUGUGUAUUGUUUUAGACUGGAUUCGUUAUGUUAAUAGUGGCUGGAUUUGUAUCAACUUAUCUAAUGCAUGUACUUUUGAGAACAGCAAAUAAAGCUCAAGUGAAAUAUGGAUGGGAUAGAUCUAAAAUGGAUUAUGCAGAGGCGGUAUUUGUUGUGCUUAAAUAUGGUCCAGAGAAAUUGAGAAAAAUCAAAGGGAAAAUAAAGCAUACAGUUAAUGGUUUCUUAAUUAUUACACAAGUUGGCUUUUGCUGUGUUUAUACACUGUUCAUUACGGAGAAUAUUCGAUAUUUUUUAAUAUAUUUCUUUCCGCACCUUAAUACAAAUAUCUACUUAGUUGGAUUUGUUGUCUGUUUAGUGCUAAUUGUGAUGAAUUUUAAAAGCAGUAUGCGUGUAGUCACGUAUUUAUCUGCUUUGGCCAAUAUAUGCACUAUUAUCGGUAUGCUAUUAAUAUUUGGCUAUUUAUUCACAUCUGGAUUAUACCCAGUCAGUAAAUUUCCAAUUAUCACUGAUUUCAAAGGUCUACUAAUUGCAUUCAGUAUAGUUAUGUUUUCAUUUGAAGGGAUAAGUUUGGUAUUACCAAUUCAAAGUAAAAUGGCUGAUCCUAUUGGAUAUGGAUCAUGGUUUGGUGUUCUUAAUGUUGGCAUGAUUAUUGUUGUUUGCUUAAAUUUGGCAAUUGGAUUUUAUGGAUUUUUAAGAUUUGGUGAAAAUUCAGAAGGCAGCAUCACAUUGAAUAUACCACAGUUUCCUUAUUGGUUUGCUCCUGUUAAACCAUUAUUCAUAAUAGCUAUGUUUGUCAGUUAUCUAUUACAAUAUUAUGUACCAGCUACAAUAUUUAGUCGUUUAAUGGAAAAGAUAAAAUGUCAUCGUGAAGGAUCGACUCGUCGAAGAUAUAUUCACUUGAAAGCGAUGCGUAUCAGUCUAGUGAUAUUAUCAUAUGCAGCUGCUGUUCUAAUCCCUCGAAUUGAUCUCCUCAUCUCGCUGAUGGGAGCAUUCGCUGGUUCUGUGCUUGCUUUUAUCUUACCUGCCUCAUUGGAGAUUAUUUUUCUAUGGUCUGAACGUGAUCAAAUCCCUUGGUUUUGGUUGAACAUAUUUACUAAGCAUAUUAUAUUCAUUCUAAUUGGUCUACUCAGUCUGAUCGGUGGGACAGUGGCGACAAUCAUACAGAUAAUUGAAGCGUUCACACCAUCUUAAUUACUGUUAUUUUUCUCAUUAUUGAUUAAAAUCAUGUAUUUGUUUUGAUUUUUGAUUUGUUACUACUACUGACUACUGAUUUGUGUGUAGUCAGUAGUUGCUAGAGAAAAAGCAGAAAUAUUUUUUGCCUUCUGUAUUGCCGAUGAUGAUGAUGGUGAUUCUCUACUUAUAUUUAUUGAAAAUUUAUUUGAUCACUAUGUGCCUUAACGAUUCCAACUGUAUUUAUUUAUCUAUAUUACGUAAUAUUCUAUCCUAUUUUAUGCUGUGUUCAUGAUGAUAAUAAUAAUAAUACGUGAAGAGGACAAAACAUGAUCAAAUUACGUAUUUUUUCUAAGAAGUUACGAUUAAAGUCUAUUGCCCACAUAAUUGACUGUUGUAUUUUUUUCUCCUAGGAUGUGAUGUCAUUUCAUCAUGAUUUUAUGCAUAUUUGGAGCUAUUGAGAAUAAAAAA